AUGUCCUCAUCCAAGAAAUCAGAAAAUGGCAAACUGGAACCGAAAAAGAAAACCAGUUCGGUGGUUAGCGAUUUAGAACCAGAAGUGUUCAUCGAUGAAACAUCGGGAAACUCAAGCGUGUCGAAAGCAGUAGUGGAAAGGUUGAAACUCAUGGCAGAAGUCGCCAACGAAAAAUUCCUCACCUCAUCAGAACCCAACAGAGACAACCUAUUAGCCACCAUCUCAAUACCCAAAACGACAAUCUCCCAAGGGUAUCGCAUGGGAUCGAGACUCCCACGAAUGAACAACGACGUAAAUACCAGAUUGAAGUUCCUCUCGUUGCAAGUAUGUCCCACCUUCAUGACCCCCAAGAGAUACCUCAAGAUGCAAACUGAUGAAGGCUACAUCAAGUUCAGCGAGUCGUUCGUGAGUGACGUGGCCGCGCUGGUUACGCGGUUCGUGCGCAACAUCAACGACGUCGCUGCCGUAUGGACCGAGACCAAGAUGUUCGGCAACGAGAUCUUGACGUUUAUAAUGCAAGAAAGCGUCAAUUUCAUCGUUGGUGCUCCCUUUGUGCGCGAGGCGUUGGAGAGCUUAGCGAUGACUUUGUAUGCUGAGGAUAGGAUCAUCCUGCAGGUUAAGAAACUCGAUGGCAUAAUUGACAAAAAGAGGUAUAAGCUUUUCCGUAAGCAUAUCAGCACUACGUUGUUGGCCACGUACAACAUCUUUAUUGACCCUGGGGAGUGUUUUGCUAAUGAUGUGAUUUCGAGGUUUAUCACGUUGUGGGUCUAUGCGUUGUUGGAUAUCAACGAUUAA